GAGAACAAAAAGACUGGAAUCAAAGCAGACCAGAAGAGGUCAGAGGCUCUGGCAACUUUGGGCAGGAUGUUCAUCCCAGUGUGAAAACACAAAUCCAGAGUAUUGAUAAAGAUACAGAAAAGACCAAUGGAAGAUUUAUGGGAGCGGAGCUCAAAACAGAAGUGGAAAAUCCUUCACGCAGAGAACUGGAUGCAUUUCGAGACAAAAACAUGAAACUAGGUUUGAAGAGGGUUGAUUCUCCUGUCAAAGCAACAAAAGGGAAAAAUGAUACACCUUCACAUGAUGAUGGAGAGAGGAAUGUUAAGUCUCCUUGGGGAGAGCAUCAACUUGGAAAGUUUGAAGGAAAACAGUCUGAAUUUCUAGAUGAGGAAACCAUGCAACCUACCAAUAGAAAUAAUCCUUUUCUUGUGCAGGAACAAGAAUUAAGACAAUCGUCUUUGAUGGAAGAUAAAAAAAGAAUCAAGGACAUCAGGGCCUUUUGGGAAGGAGAGAAAGCUACCCCAAAGGCUACAAAUAAGGAAGAUCUAGUAAAUGGAAGUAAAACUGUGAGUAAAACAAUACUGGAUGAUAAAAAAGAAUCCAAUAGAACCAAACCGAUGAGUGGAUCUUCAGGCUAUGUCACGGGUGAAUCGGACAAUGAACAAAGCAAAUACAGUAUAGUUACCUUCCGAAAAGUUGAAUUAAGUGACAGUGAUUCUGAACCUAAAAAUAAUGACUUCAGGUUGUCUUCAGGAAAAUUGAAACCAAACCCAAUUGAUAAUUCCAAAAGAAGCCGUCUUGUUGAUGUUUCUGCCCGAAAGCUUCCAAGUGAACAGAAGAAUAAUGAAUUUGUAGAACAGAUGGGUGGAGAGAAUUUACGUCCGAGAGACAAUAAAGUGUCCUUUUCUAAAGACCAUGGAGGAGGUUUACAGGCUGGUGACCAGCAACAGAACCCUCACUUUAAAAUCCAUUCUUUAAAGGAAAAAAUAGAUGAGGAGUCCAAGGCAGAGAUGCUCAGCCCUUCACAGUUUCAAAACCUAAGAAGCUUUUGGGGUGCAGGAGUUAAGCCAGUAAGCGGUGCAGAUGUGGGAAAGCUAAAGCCAGUUACUCCCAGGAGUAGAAAUAGUAGCACAGAAAGUUACCAGAAAGAAUCAGAUGAGAUAAAGGAAGUUAAUGCAGAAAAUAGCCAGGCAGUUUGGGAAGGGAAACAACAAAAAACAAUCCUCAGAGAAAAAAGGGUGGAGGAACCAAAUGCAAAAGUUUCACCCCAAAAUGUCUUUGAGACAAGCAGGGUAUUCUCAGAAGAAGUAGAACAGCCAGAUAUGUCUCCAUCAGUAGAUGUUGGUCCAAAUGGGAGAUUAGAUAGAAAAGUUGACUUUACAUCAAGUGAAGUUGUAGAGACUGUCAACAGAACUCUGGUCCCAUCGAAAUUUGAUGCUGAUGCCUUCAACGUGAACUUGGAAAGAUUGCUCAGGGAAGUCUCAGAUGUGAAAACAUCUUCCACACAUCCAGUGAUGGAGGAUGUUUCUGAACAAGCUGUUUCUCUACCAGAGAAGAGCCGUUUUUUUAACAAGAUGAUGGAACUCAGCCAUGGUGGUCAAAACAAGAGUGGGUUAGGUCCACAGAGAACGGAAGGAGUUGUGCAAAAGCAUGACUUCCCAAAAGGUCAAUCUUUUGAAUCUAAAACAAGCACUGGGAAUUUGCCUACAGCAAUGGAAGAAUUGGGCUCAGUACACAAGAGAGCUCCUAACAUGGAAGAAGGUAGAAUUCAUCAAGAUUAUAGUCCUUCUCGGAAAGAAGCCUUUCAGAUUCCAUCUCCCAAACUGAUACAUCCUGAUGCUUCUCUUGCUGCUCAGAAGAGCGCAGUCUCACCUGCUGAAGAGGUUUCCGAGACAGUGACAGGAAUCAAGGCCCCAUCAAUCAAAAAAUGCAACAAUUUGAAUGCCAGACUGAUCUUCCUUCUUAAAGAAUCAACAGAAACGCCUUGCAUUUCACCCGCUACUGAGAAUAUUCUAAAAUCACAAAUUGACAACCUUCCCAAAGAGGACCAACCAAGGUAUUUUGAGAAAGUGGCUGAAAAAACUGUUCCUGCCUCACCUCAAAUGGUCAAUCCCCUUCAAGUUUCCACCAUUGAGGCAUCUGGGAAAAGCACAGACACACGUGGAGAUGGCGCCAUUGGCUUUGCUGUGGUACCAAGUGAACCAACCAAAGAGGUCAAUAUUUUGUUGCCUUCAACAAACCAGAAAAAUGUAGAAGCUGAAAGGUAUGCCAUUGACAGUCAAGCUGAGGAUGUGGCAGAGACAGUGGCAAACACUGUUAAGUCAAAUCCAUAUGAUCCUGCAGCAUUUAGAGCCAAUUUAAGAAAACUGCUUGAAGAGCAUUCAGAAGACAAAGAGGUCCUUCAAUCAACGAAUGCCCCAUUAUUCUCAAGUCAGAGUAUACAAUCAAUUUUUGGAAAAUAUGGAACACAUCGUCAAGAAAUAAUUGAAACAGUAGAAAAGGCUACUGCUCCCUCCCGUUCCAGACAGGUGGGAUAUCAAGUGAACUUCCAAACAUUGCUCAAGGAAGAUUCUGAAAUCCUGCCCAACAACCAGAAAAACAUAGACGUAAACACUGUAGUGCAAUCAGAGAGGGAACCUAACCAGGAUGUAGAUUUGGUUUGUCAAGAAGUUAAUGAAUCUGUACACAGAACUGUUGUUCCACCCAAGCUGAAGCCAGGAGAAUUUAAUUCUGGCUUCCAGAAACUGCUUGAAGAAGUUUCCCAGAUGCCACUUGUUCAGCUGGGAAGUUUAGAUGACAAAAUAAAGGCGAGCAUCCAGGCUAGUCAUGGUUUAGAAAGCAUGGACCAUCCUCAAGAAGCAGAUGAAACUGUAAUAAAAUCUACAGUACCAGUAAAAGACAAUGCUAUAUUCAAAGCUAUCUUAGGAAAGUUGCUUAGUGAAAGUUCUGACGUUGGUUCACAAUCAUCUGUCGAAGUUUCUGAUGACUCAACAUCUCAAUUAGAAAGCUCAUCUGUAAAAAUGCCAACAUCCAGUGAGUCAAGUAACUAUCGCACUGAGGUUAAAAUACCACUCAGGGGCAAAUCUUUCAAACAAGAUAGCCAAACUGGCAUCCCUGAAAGGAUUAUGGUGUUCCAGAAAACUGUCCAGGUUAAUAUUGCAUCCACUGGAGACCAACUUGUGGAAAAGGGGGAAGGUCCUCCCACCAAUUUGCAGACAAAUGAAGGAGAGAAGUAUGAAAGAAAGAGAGAAGAAAGGGUCUCCAGGACAAGUGCUUCCUUAGAUGAUGGAAACGAAAUAGUGACAGUAAUGCCUGGAUCCCAGAGGUCAAGCACCCCACUUUUACAAUAUGAACAUUCUCCUGAAACAAGUAAAAUGGAGCUCUUUGGUGCUCACCCAAAUGCUGAUGAAAGUGAAGAAGAUGCCAGGAGCUUUAGAUCAGAUCAUUCCGAUGAAAACGGCAAUUCCUUUGUGCGAAUCCAAAGAAGUAGAAUCCGUUCGGAAGAAGGACUAAACCCAGUUAUGGAUGCUUUGCAAAGGAGUUCAGAUAAGCAAGCUCCUUCCAAAAGUCUAGAGGACAUACCAUCAGCCACAUCAAAUAAAGGAAACGUAAACCUUCCAAGGGGAGACUUAGUGCUUAGUGCGGAAGAUGACCAGAAAUUAGAUGAACCUCAUGAAACAAAUGAAAACGCCCCAGGAAUUUCCACAGCACCUUCUUUCCCUGAUAACAAAUUCUCGCAUCCGGAAAAAGUCAAACAGAUGAGUAAAUCGGUCCCAGCAUUUACGCAGGAUGAGAGUGAUGACAGAGAGACAGACACAGCAUCAGACAGCAGUUACCCACUUGGCAGGAUCAAGAAGAGCCCCAGCUCGCUAACCAAUCUUAGUGGCUCUUCUGGCUUGGCGUCCUUGUCUUCUGUGAGCACCAGUGUGAUGAGUGUCUACAGUGGAGAUUUUGGUAAUGUGGAUGUGAAAGGCAAUAUCCAGUUUGCCAUUGAUUAUGUGGAACAGCUGAAGGAGUUCCAUAUUUUUAUUGCUCAAGGCAAGGACUUGGCAAUUGCAGAUGUGAAGAAGCAACGUUCAGACCCGUAUGUGAAGAGUUACUUGCUACCAGAGAAGUACAAACUAGGCAAAAGAAAGACAACUGUGAAGAAAAAAACACUGAACCCUGUUUACAAUGAGAUAUUACGGUAUAAAGUUGAGAAGGACCUUUUGGCAACCCAGAGGCUGAAUAUCUCCGUUUGGCACAACGAUACUUUUGGGCGCAAUAGCUUCUUGGGUGAAGUGGAGCUCGACUUGAGAAACUGGGAUUGGAAUGAUAAACAGAACAAACAGAUGAACUGGUACCCACUUAAGCCAAGGACUCCACUAACUGCUCUUGAGCUAGAGAACAGAGGAGAGGUAAAGAUUGCUCUCCAGUAUAUCCCACAGCCUGCUGCAGGUAAAAAGACCCCAGCCACUGGAGAAGUCCACAUUUGGGUGAAGGAAUGCAACGACCUCCCAGUCCUCAGGGGCAAUAAACUCAACUCCUUUGUUAAGUGUACUAUUCUGCCAGAUACAAGUAGAAAAAGCCGCCAGAAAACAAGAGCCGUGUCCAAGACAACAAAUCCCGUAUUCAACCAUACCAUGGUCUAUGAUGGCUUCAGGCCUGAAGACCUGAAAGAAGCUUGUGUAGAGCUCACUGUCUGGGACCACAACAAACUAGCCAACCACUUCAUUGGAGGCCUCAGAAUAGGACUUGGAACAGGAAAGAGCUAUGGCACACCUGUAGACUGGAUGGACUCUACAUUAGAGGAAUCCAACUUAUGGGAGAGGAUGAUUGACACACCAAACACCUGGGCAGAAGACACGCUGCCACUCAGGAUGCUCAUGACGACAAAAAUGACCAAAUAGGAUGAUGCUUUGGUUGGUCGCUACUCUUUUGUGCGCCCUCUUGGAGCCUGAAUGGUGACAAAAGGCAGGCAGAGACGAAGCAGAUACACUUUAAGAGCAAAUGUCUUUCUCUGUAACUUUGGCGUAUGGUGUCUUUUUCUUCAAUAUAAUUUUGUAUCGUUUUGCCCAAUGGUACCUUGAUAAUGCAAUGUUAACUUCUCCCUGUCUGCAGGUACUCUUUAACUUAAGGUUUAAUGCUCUAUUAAAGAUGAAACUUAAAUAGUAUUUAAAAAGCGCCACCUUGACUAAGACCUGAAAAUAAAAUCAAUGAUUUUGCUGAAGUUAGUUGAACUUCAACACAUGCUAUUCUUCCAAUAUGUGAAAGAACCUGGCAAAGUGGCACUGUUUUGUGGUGCUAUUUAUGUGCACUCGUUGCCUUGAAAAAUUUUGAUGCCCACACUGGGGAAAUCAAUAAUAAUUGCAAACCUGUCAAAUUGUCCAUAAUAUGUAAUAUAACAUCUUGUUAGUAAUCUCGACUAAAUUUCAACCAUUGAAUAAUUGUGAUAUACUUAUUUGGUGACUCGCCAUUCAACAGUUGAUUUGGAGAGUCUAUUCUUCCUCACAUUUGCACAUUCAAGCUGAUAUUAUAUGGUUGUAUUGAUUUCUUAUAUUUCAGGCUGGGACUAAAUAUUAUAGCAGAUAUAUUGUUGAUCCUAAAAUAACCCUCCAGUGUCUUCUUUUCUCUCCUCUUGCAUUGAAAACCUAUUCAGCCAUUUAGUUUUAAACUUCGUAGAUUGAACUAGGGAUUUUGUCCUCUGGUUCUCAGCAUGGCUCUUCAACUCUAGGUUGAAGGCAUGGCCUUAUUUCUACUGCAAAGUCUGGUUCUAGUCUUAAAUGUUUACAUUUUCUGUGAUUUUAUUUGGCCCAAACUGUUCUCCGCACUUGUCUUGUAGGCGAAUGUUAACUUGCUAACAUUGAAACCAUGUGUUUUCUUUCCAGGAAGCAAGAUAAUAUUCAUUUGGUUCAAACAUGACUCUUCGUUUUUUUAAAUACACCUGAUUUUUAUUUAUUGUAAAACUAACAUCAAGCUUUUAAAGAAACCAUGUUCACCAAGCUCUAAAAUAUGCUGCUGAUCACUAGCUGGAUGUGUCAUGGUUUUUCUUUACGUUCUCUGGUGCCACCAAUCGGGUAAAGAUGGAAAUGAUGCCUGAAUUACAAAUAAACCUUUAUGCAAAGAACUGUAUGUAAUCAAAUGCUGAAAAUAUAUGAUGUUAUUUGUAUACAGUUUUCAAACUCUAAAGUCCAUUAAAACUGCUUACAUGCUCAAAUGAGCACACGUUGAACUGCAAA